AGGAGAGGGUGGAAAGGUGCACGAGAGCCCGUGUGAUCAGACGCCACAAGAGGGAUCCGGGUGUGGAUGCAGGAGUUCUUUCGCGGAGAUCACGGAAUAAGACACAGGACGGUGAAUUUCCCGCUGCCCGAGGAACCAUGGAAGGUUUAAGAUAUGUUUGCUUACUGGUCUGUGCAUUUGUCGUCGCUCAAGUCGAGGGGAUGACAUUCAAGGACAUGUUUCCUCAUAAACACCUAGGCAAGUUUCCCAUCCCGUUCCCCAUCCCAGGAUGGGACCCGGACACGAUCCCCUGGAUCGACAAACUCUACCCGCCUCUAAAACCAGAACUCUUCCAAAAGCAUGGAACGCCGCCACCGACGAUUCGCCUGACGAGUGACAGUCCCGCCAUGAACGGCUCGAGCAUGACCUUCACGGCGGCGAUCGAACAUGCCCCGUGCACGAAGGAGGACGCCAACGGGGACCUGGUCUACGACCAGCACUGUGAAGACGCCAACGGUCAGGUGCGCUCGGGGUACGUGUAUAACUGGACGGCGUGGAUGGACGACUACGGCUUUGGGAAGUGCACAGACGUGAAGCUCUGUAAUGUGUUCCCAGACGGCAAACCCUUCCCUCAGAGCAACGACUACCGACGCAAGGGCUACGUCUACGUCUGGCACACCAUGGGUCAGUACUUUGAGACGUGUGACGGCUCCUCCUCCCACCUGACCCUGAACACGACCGGAUGGAACUUUGGCGCCGGCGUCAUGGAGGUUCUGGUGUACAGGAAACGCGAGCUCAGAAAGUACACGCCCAUGGCCACCGACAACCACGUGUUCUUCGUCACUGAUAAGAUUCCUAUCGCAGUGAACUUGACCCAGAAGCUGGCUGUAAAUAUCACAGAGAAGGAUGUGUUUGUGCGCGGCUCCGACGUGGUCUUCCAGGUGAAUGUCCACGACCCUAGUAACUACCUGAAGACGGCAGACGCUGUGGACUACAUCUGGGACUUCCGUGAUGGCAACCAGCUGGUCACCCAUAGUAAUGUGGCCACCCAUGCCUACCGCGCCCUUGGCAACGUCUCCGUCAAGCUGACCGUGGAGGCGGCAUUCCGCACACCCUGCCCUCCACCCACUCCCACACCUAUGCACCACGUCACCAUUCCUCCCACCAAAGCUGCCCCUCCUGUAACUCAUGCUGUCACUAGCAAAGUGCAGACCACCCCUCGAGCUCCAUCAACCCCUCCCCCUGCCCCACCCACCACUGCGGUUCCCGUGACGACGGCCUACGUGACUGACCCGCUGCCGACCGACCCGUUUGCGACGGCCGCCGUCACCGGAACCCUGCCUCCGAUGCUCAGCCCCACGCCGGGAUGGCCCACGCUGCCAUCCAUGUUCCGUCAGGGAUCCAACUCUGAGUGCUUCCGCUACAUGUACGGAACGUUUGAGGCCGAGCUGAACAUCAUCGAACCUUUGCCCAACAUGAUGCAGAGUGAGCCUCCCAGCAGGAUUUUAGAGGUGUCCGCUGCCAAGAUGACGAACAGCACCGUCAACUUCCUCGUCACAUUCCUGGGAAGCAACCCCACCUCGGCCUGCACAGUCGUGUCGGACGCCACCUGCCACCAGGUAAAGAGCAUCAAGUGUGACGACGUUCCCAUGGUGCCCAUGGGUUGCCAGGUAAUCCUGAGACGCACCUUCCACGAGCCUGGCACCUACUGCGUCAACAUCAUCCUGGAAGAUGACAAGAGCAGAUCCCUGGCAACCACCACCGUGACCAUCGACAAGAGCACCGACAAGGUGUCCAAGUCCUCGCGUGCCGCCGAGGUAGUUCUGUCCUCCAGUGCUGUGUUGGUGGCCGUCUUUGCCUUCAUCGCGUUCAUGGUGUACAAGCGCUACAAAGUGUACCGGCCUGUGCGACGUUCCCUGGUGGAAGACGCAGGAGAACCCGCAAGGGUCGGAGGUCACCUGGAGAGGCUUAGGACGGCCCUCUUCCCAGCCGAUGAGGAGCGGAGUCGCCUGCUGACAGACAGGCGCCCUCUGUAGGCCACAUCGAGGAACAGCACAUGGGGGAAUAGAGUGCAUGACUGAGUUCACCUACUGUGCAAUACAUGGGAGGCUAUUAUAUAUGAACCAGCAGCAGUGAGUUAGGAUACAUAGCUGGAUUAAUGAAGUACACUUGCUGUUUUUCACUUAAGUUAAUUUCACUUGGGUGAAUAAUAUAUUAAAAGGGGUAACAAAUAAUUGCUCUGGCUGACUGUUGCACUAUUUGUACCAGGUAGGCCUACUUCCUCUUAUGUUGCCCAACUUUUCAUUGGUCCACGAGCAAAAGCUCCUUCCUGUCAGUGAUGCAUUGUGGGUAUGAUAUAGUAUGGCAACUUUAGUAAGUGUCAGACAUUUCACACUACACAUUCCACUGAGUAUUCCAUAUCUGCAUGUCACCUUUACAUUGUGAACAUACUACUUGCUUAAUCGUACUGAAGUAGAGUAUUCGAAUAGGUAGACAUAGUCUAACUGAUAGUGUAACUGUUACAUUAACAACAAUACUGCUUUAAUGUGAUGGCAUACGAGAUCGAAUAACGGACUAUUCGACCAUAACCAAGCCAUGGUUAUGGUUGAAUAGUCGGAUUCUCUUAGCACCGCGGUUGUCUUUCUGUCCUUAUACAUUCUCCUUAACAUAUUUCCCCGACCUCAUGACGUUUUCCAAUGAGGUCAAGGAAAAGUCGUUAGCAAAAGACGAUAGCAGAGACUAUCUGACCGUAGCCUUUGUGUGUGUGUGUGUGUGUGUGUGUGUGUGUGUACACGACGCGUUACUGACCACCUCUGGACUUCUGAAAGAGGAGAACAUUAGCAUGCCAGCAUUAGCCUUACCCAAACACUCUUUCCCAAGAGGUAAAACCAGCAGAGAAUGAAUGUUUUUUUCUGAAAUGCUUAAGUGCUUGUUUUUUUUAACUGAAGCUAUUAAUGCCAAAGGCUGUAUUGGUGAGUACAUUUAUUUAGUCUGAUCUGUUACAUUGCCGGCACGAGAGACUUUACUCCUCUAUCGGCAAAAUUACCUGCGCAUGUACAACUGUUUUAUUUACAUUUGCCUUCGAAGAUCUUUACAAAAAGUUUAAAACCUAUAAUAAAAUAUUGACACCUAUACUAAUUAAAAUAUAUUAUUUUUAAGUGUUUUUCUAUGUGUAAUGCUGGAACAAUUCUGGAAAGUUUUGUCACUUAGAUAGUUCUAAUAAAAGAUUCUAAACCAA